UCGAGCAAAAAAAAAAAAAAAGUAUACCAUGAUUUGAAUGUUAUUUUUCUGACAGCUAAAGCUAGCAAAGCUCUCCUGAGCUUUGGGCUCAUGUUUAUGCCCCGUUGCACAUUCCUGUGUGAAGUCCAAAGCAAGCCAACUUGGCUCUGAAUUGAGUAAUCGUUAAACCAUGCAGAUGUUUCCUGAAACCUGAAGUUUCUCUCUGGUUUUGGUUUCUUGUUCUGCAUUUGAACAUAGGUCUUUCCUUGUCAAGUAGUUUGACGUGGGAUCUUCAGAAUUCAAGGCUAUUACAUACGGACGUUGUGAGUAGGACACUGCCAUUUAGGGUGAAGCUAGAGGCUCACGCUGAAAAUCUUGAGGGCCUUCUGUUUCUAAGCUAACUCUUGUUAAGUGUGGUGCAGGACCUAGAGUUGGUUACACCAGCAGCAGGGAAACCUCUUGUGAAUUCUCGACAGUCUUUGGGGAUUCUUGCCCAUCAUUGAUGUCUAGGUCCUGUACUCCUCACCACAUGUUGUUGAGAGGCAGACGUCAUGGCGAAGUUAUACAGGGAAGGAACAAGAUUCUCUGCUGCUGCUGUAUCAGGUUUCUAAGACCAAAUGUGACAAGUCCUGCUUUUCCAAAAAGAAAAAGAAAAAAAGAAGAAAAAAAGCAUCGAGACGUUUGUCCUCCUCUUAGGUGUUUUUCAGAAGACUCCUGAACUUGCAGAGCUGUACAGAUGAUGUUUUGGAGAUUGUUUGGCAUGCUUCUUGACUUCUACACGUUACUACUCCAGAGUCAGUGAAGGAGGCCCUGGAAUCCAGCCUGUUUGAGGCUCAGCAGCACUUAUCGCAGCUGGAGAUCGCCAGGAGUCAGCUUGAAAUCCAACUUCACACAGUCACGCAGGCCAAGGAGGUGAUACAAGGGGAAGUGAAGUGCCUUCAGUGUGAGCUGGAAGCAGAGAGAUCUCUCAUGAAGCAGGAACGGGAAAACAUGGCGCAACAGCUCUUGCGGACAGAACAGCAGUAUAACAAUACCCUCAAACUUUGCGAAACUGAUCAUGAAGUGGAAAUAAACAAGCUCCUGCAAGACCUGGCAAGCGAGCGGGAAGGGCACCAUUCAGAGCUGCAGGAGAUGCUGGAGCAAUGGGAAAAGGAGAAAGCAGAGGCAGGAAGGGAGCACGAGAAGAAGCUGUUUGAUAUGAAGCAGAAAGUUGCUACCGUGCACGCUCAACAAGAAGAGGAACGAACCAGAGUCGAAAACGCCAAGCAAGAGGCCCUGCUAGAAAAGGAGCGUGAGAAGAAUGCUUUAUUGGAGACGCUACUCCAAACGCAGGGAGAGCUAACAGAAGCCUGCCAGCAGCUAGAGCAGCUCAGGCAGGACCUGAAAAAGCAGCAAGAGAAUGGGCAGAACAUCACAGAAAAGCUGCAAGCAGAGCUGCAGCAAACUCGGAGUAAGAUCAAGGCAGUGGAGAAGAGGCACAAGGAAGAAAUCAAGACCAUCAAAGAGGAAAUGAACGUUCUUCUUCAGCAGAGGGAUGCUCUACAAAAACAGGUGGAAGAGUUGACGUCUCAGCUAGCAGCCUCCGAAGGGUCUCUAAAGGAGGAGGCUAUGACUCUACAUCAAGAGGUGGCGUCUUUGGAAAGGAAACUCGAGAGCACUGAGAAGCAAAGAAAGGAUGUCCUGCGUGACCGGGACAGACUGCAAGCACUUAAAGAAAAACUGGUAUGGGAGAGAAGACUUCUUCAGCAAUCGGUCACAGCCUCCGAAACCCGAGCAAAUACAGCAACAGAUAUGAAUCACUGCCUUGAACAAGAACUCCAAACUGCAUUGUCUAUCUUAAAAAUUAAAAAUGAGGAAGUGGAAACGCAGUGGGAGAAAAUCCAGAUGCUACAGAAAGAGGCAGCAGAGGUAAAAGCUUUGCAGGGGAAUCUCACUCGUAUGACUGCCAUCCUGUCAGAGAGGGAGGGAGAAAUGAAGUUAUACCAGGAACAGAUGAGAAUGCUGGAAAAGCAGAAAGAAAUGCAUAAAACUACUCUCGAUCAGGUUAUUAAGGACAUAACAGAGAAAGAACAGAAGACAGGAUCCCAGCAAGAACACAUACGGGAGCUGGAGAAGCAGAUACAGGAGCUGGAGAAGCAGCAAGAAAAACAAAGGAUUGCUGUAAGCAAAAUGAACAAAGACCUGGAAGAGAGAGACCAGGAGAUCAGAUCCCAGCGAGACCAGAUACGGGAGCUGGAGAAGCAGCGAGAAAUGCAGAGGACUGCUGUCAGCAAGAUGAGCAAGGCGCUGGAGGAGAGGGACCAGGAGAUCAAAUUCCAGGAGGGGAAAAUAAUGAUUCUGGAACAACACGGUACCUCACAAGUGAGAAAUCUGCUCGUGGAUCUUGAUGAUAUGAAAGGGAACUUGGCGGAGAAAAACAUAGAGCUUAUGUCUCUGACCCAGCAGAUCCAAGAACUGGAAAAGGAGAGAGAACAGGUGAAAUCUCUGCACGCAAGCCUUGAACAGCUGAGGGCAGUUCUCAAGGACAGAGAGAGUGGGUGUGCUUCUCAAAGGGAGCAGUUCAGACUCUUCCAGCAGUACAAGGAACAGCAAGAGGGGCACCUGCAAGAGCUUCAUGGUAAAGUAGAAAAGAUGACACUUGCUUUAUCUGAAAAAGAUCACAAGCUUGCGUCACAACAAAAGCAAGUCCAGGAAGCUGAAGAAGUCAUGGAAAUGCAGUUGAGAACUGUCCGUGACCAACUGGAGCAGACCUUAGAAACCUUGAAAGAAAAGGACAGGCUCAUAGACAUGCAAAAGCAACAAACACGGAACUAUGAGGAAAAAACAGAAGAACGGAUGAAUGUCUUACACAGAGACUUAGAACACACUAAGGCAAUACUGAAAGAAAAGGAUUUCAUGAUUGAAUCUCAGAAGGAAGUGAUUGAGACGUUCCAAAAACAAGAACAAGACUCUGAACAGCAGAAGGAAAUUCUGCAUCAUCUUCAAGUGGCACUAAAGGAACAAGAGCAAGAAAUUCUAUCCCUUAGAAAACAAUGUGAGGCGUGCAAGGAAAAGGAGGAGAAGCGUGAAGCUGAGCAAACAAAUCUCCAAGCAACAAAACUGACUCUGAAAGAAAGAGAAAAAAAGACAGAGGCUCUGGAGGAGGCUAUCUCUAAGCUUCAAGAGCAAAAGGAGGAGGCAGCGAUGCAGACUAAAGCCAUAGUGCAAAAACUAGAAUACGCUGAAUCUUCUCUAGAAGCUAGAGAUCAAGAGAUGGUGUCUUUGCAAGAGCAUGUCCAGGACCUUCGAGAGCAGAAGGAGUUAGAAGGCAAGCAGGCCAAGAGCCUACAGCAGGAUCUAGACGAAAUGAGCCAAACAGUGAAGAACCACCGCUUGGAGUUCCUCAGGCAGACAGAGCAAAUGAACACGUUCCAGCCUGGUGAAGAAAGCAUGAAAGUAGCACUACCAUCAUGCCAGAAGCAAGUGAAUCUGCUUGAGGAAGCGGUGAGGAAGAGAGAUGAAGACAAUGAAACUCUUCUGCAAAAACUCCAGCGCCAAGAAGAAGAACUGAAGACCUUGCAGAAUCUCCAGCUUAGGCUAACCAAGAAGAAUGAAGAGGUUAGACACCACGGAGAGCAAGAGAAGCUCCUGGAAGCAGCCUUGCCUGAGAGGGAACGAGAGACCAAGGCUCAAGGUGAGCAAGAAGAGUUAGAAGAGGAAAUAAGAGGUCUUCGGGAAGAUCUCCAGCAUGUUCGGCAGACUCUGACAAAGAAGGAUGCAGAGAUCGAGUACCAGAGAGGCAGAGUCAGGUAUUUAGAGAAGACUCUGACAGGGAGAGAACAGGAGCUUCGGAGGCAGAGUGAACUCCUGAAGCAACUAACAUCAGCUUUGCGAUGGGAAGAUGAAGGCGAGACCCUAAAGAAACAAAUCGAGAAACUCCAGAACUGGGAGGCAGAGGAAGCAGAGAAGAGGAAAGUUCUCCAGGAGAGAGACCGUCUCUUGAAAAGGCAGGAGGAGCUAACCCAGCAGCUGGAAGAUGAGAGGAAAGCAAAGGGGGAAGAAUUGGAGCGUGUGGUGGCUAUUUUGAAGCGGAAUGAAAGCGGAGAAAUCGAAUGGAAAGAGAAGGCACAAGCACUGACUCUUGCCCUUACCAAGAGUGAAAUGGCCAAUGGGACUCUGAGGGAAGAAAUAGCCAUCCUGCAGAGUAUGGUUUCAGAGAGGGACAAGGACCGGUUUCAUCUUCAGCAGGCUAUUGCAGAAGGGGAGCAGCUAUCAUGGCUCUCGGAGAAGAGACUCCUGUCGCAGCGGCUGGAAUGUCUGCAGCGAGCAGUUGCAAGGCUGGAACAUGAGAAGACGGAGCUGAAGCAACUCAAUGCUGAGCUCAGGAGGACUCUUGAGGAGGUGGAACGUGAACGGAGGAGACUGAAGAGAGAUUACGGUGGUCGGUCACUGCCAGAUGCAUGCGGCUUGUCUCUCUCUGAGUCUGACCAGCACAAGAUGCCUGCUUCUAGACAGGAGGAGUCUCACGCUCGCUGCAGUCGAUUAGCUGAGUUACAGAACCAGGUGUCCCUUCUGCAGACGCAGCUGGCACAGGAGCGAAAAUACAAGCAGGACUAUAUUGAGUGCUGUGCCAAGACCAGCCAGGAGCUGUCAGACCUUCACCAAGAGCUGUCUUACUCCUUAGCAGCUGUGGUCAGGGAGCCCAGAGCUGCUGUUCUGGAAGCAGAGGCUCGGAAGCUGGAUCGGUCUCUGAACCGUCAUUUCCUGUAGAGGAACAGCUACAGCAUCACGGGGCUCCUGCCUUGUGCCCUUCCUGGAAAUGUAUUAUGUUUUGCUGUGGGAAAUGGGGGCGCAUUUGUUCUGUUUGCAUCUGGAAGCAUUUCCUAGCGGCAGUGAUUUUUAAGAUUUAGUUUUAA